CCUGCAAAUAAGUUCAAUGUUACUGUACAAUUAAUUUGUUUCUUUACUACAUUAUUCAAAAGUUUUCAAUGCGAAACCACUGAAGGGAGACCGUUUUUAGCAGACCGAGUCAAAGACUCAAACUAGGCAUGCGCGCUAAAUACAAAUGAGACUACUCUUCUCGGCAUAACACGGGGUAUUAUGAAAAUAUUGUGACCCCUGAAGCAUUUGGGUUGGAUUAGGCAAAGGACUACAACGCACGUGAUGCAAUUGCACAAACGGUUAAACCAAGACAUUUAUUUAAACAUUUCUGUAUGCACAUAUAGAUUUUGUGCAUUUAUAGUCAGAUCCAGUUUACCCCCUAUGUUUUUAGAUUCGAAAGCCCCAAACGUGUUCAGAACGAUAUCUGCUGCUCAAGUUAGCUGAUCUUUUUAACUUGAAAUGUUUAAGAAACCGAACCGGAAUUUUAGGAGGAGACGGGCUGAUUCGAGCGAGGAAGAUGAGAUAAAGAGGACAGGAGAAGAAGUGCAAGGGACACAAGAAGAGAUUCACGUAUCUACCGCGGCCCGACAGAGCCUGCAGCAGCAGCUAGGCAGGGGCAUCGCCUGUAAUUCUAAGCGGGAGUCGGUGAGCUCCAAACCGGAUUCAGGGGAUGGAGACGAUCCGCUAGAGAACGACUUAAAUGAUCAGACUUCAGAGGUAGCAACUGAACAAGGAAUAGACGAGACAGUAGAAAAGAAAAGGAAAAGUGAAAUCAAAGAGAAAAAGAAAAGUGUGUUGAGUUUUGUUGAUGAUAAAGUUUAUAGAAAUGAAUUUAAGAUUAAGAAGCCUAUUGCAAACACAAUUGUUUUCAAAGCACAGAAGAAAGAGGAAGCUCGACCAGCAGAUAAAAAGCUUGUACAAUCUAAAGCUUGGGAAGAUCGCAAAGCAGGGAGCAGCUCUGGAGAAGAAGGUGAUGAUGCUGAAGGAGAUGAGAUGUCUGUUGGAAGCGAUGAUGACAGUAGCUCCCAGACAUCUAGUAGAUCCUGUUCAUCAGACUCUGCCGCGGGUGAUAUCCCUGAUGCCCAGCAAAUCCAGGCAGCCAGAAGGCAACGUCAGCUGGCUAGAGCCCAAAAGGACUUCAUUUCCUUGGACAGAACCCAGGGAAAUAGCUCUGGAGUAAAGGAUCAAGAAGAUGGAGAUAGUGACCAUGAGCCAGAUAAUCAUGAGCAAAGGAUCCAGUUUGCACCAAAACCAAAAACCUUAAGACAAAGGAUAGCUGCAAAGAUUGGUAGGACUGAAAGUGAAGAUGAAAUGACCGACAGCCAGGAAGAUGAUUAUCAGACUCUGUGGGAGAAACAACAGAUCCGAAAAGGGACAAACAUCCCACAGAUUUCAGAUAUUGAUAAUUCCAGAAAGGUUGUGAAACAUUUCAAUUCUGCUACAUCCCUUCCUCCAGUCAACCUAGAAAUCAUAAAGAGGCGUUUAACUAAAAAGCUUGAGUCUGUAGGGCAGGUUCAUCGAGCACACCAAAGGGAGCAGGAAAAAAAUCAACAGGACAUUGAGAGCGCCAAGACCUGUUUAGAAAACUUAGAAGAUGCCUCUCGAGACCUCCGCUACAAAUUCUACAAGGAAAUGAGAAUAUAUGUACAAAACUUGGUAGACUGCCUCAGUGAAAAGAUCCAGAUGAUAAGCGAAGUAGAAUCGGAUCUGCAUCGCUUGUUAAAACAGCAAGCACAAGCUAUUUUGAAUCGAAGACGGGAGGAGGUCAAAGAGGAAUCUUUAUAUAUCCAACAAUUCACAAAUAACACUAGUUCAUCUAAUAUUGGUGAUAGGAAGAAAUGCCUUGUGGAACAGAAGGAAAGAAGGGCUCGCAGAAGGCAGAUCAGUGAGAACAAAGCAGGUCAUCAUGAAGGCCUAUCUAGUGAUGAUGAAGUAGACCCAGCUGACAUGGGUGAUUUCCAGAAAAGGAGAGAUGACAUAUUAUGCGAGUCUUGGAAGAUCUUCAAUGAUGUUCACGAGGACUUCCAUAACAUUAAGGACAUCCUUUCAAAGUUUGAUCAGUGGAGAGGCAGGUUUGCUGACUCCUACUAUGAUGCUUACAUUGGGCUUUGUCUUCCUAAACUUCUUGGCCCUUUAAUCCGCUAUCAACUUGUUGACUGGAAUCCCCUGAAGGAAGAUUGUGAAGACUUUGAGACAAUGCCCUGGUACACAGCUGUGGAGCAGUUUUGUUAUGGCAGAGAACAUGAAGGAUUUGAGAUUAAGGAUAACCCUGAUAUGAAAACCUUGCCCUCAAUCAUCGAGAAAACAGUCAUUCCAAAAAUUCAAGAUUUUGUGCAACAUAUUUGGGACCCUCAUUCAUCAACACAGACCCGAUGUCUAGUGAGGCUUUGCAGGAAGCUGGAAGAUGACUAUUUACUAUUUCAGGGUUCACAGAAGAAAGCAGUACAGGAUUUUGUUCAUGCUGUAAUCUUGAGAAUGAGAAGUUCAGUUGAUGAAGACGUGUUUAUUCCUCUCUAUGCUAAAAAGUUCCUGGAGGACAGAAAUUCAUUGCAAUGUCAGUUCCAGGACAAGCAGUUCUGGUCAGCUGUCAAGCUUCUAGGUAAUAUUAUGCAGUGGGAUGGCUUGGUACCAGAGGAGGUUGUAAAAGAACUGGCGUUAGACAAGCUCCUCAAUCGCUACAUUGUGAUAACUCUUCUGAAUACUCAACCUGGAAGAGACAGUGUGGAGAAGUGCAAAGAGACAAUUGCAUGUUUUCCUAAGAGUUGGUUUAAAGAUGUGAACAGCAGGUCUACACUCCCUCAGCUUAGAAACUUCAGCAAGCACUUACUCCAGACUGCACAUACCUUGUGCAAGAACGUCAGUGAAAGCAGCAUCAGGGAGAUUGCAGCAGAAGUUGUGGUUCUUCUAGUAACCAUCAAAGCUCUGGACCAUGCAGAAGAUAUUAUCAGGGAAUACCAAUUGGAUGAUCUAGCAACUCUUGGCAUCAAUUAAUUGGGGAAAGGUUACUUAAUCCUUCAGUUUCAAUAAGCAAUACAUUUAUUGAGCAACAUAACUAAAAGAAAUUCAAAAAUGUGUAAUGUCGAUCAAGAUGUAAACAUUA